GUUCUUUCGGUGCUACACGAUUGAAACCGGGGCAACCCCGGACCGGCGUUCUGCUUAGAAAUCUCAAUGGCGUACUAUGGUGAAAUAAACGUCCGAAACAAGCAUAUGAUAUUCCAAAGUCUAUACCUUUGAAGAGUUUCGUAUCACUCCCCACAUUAAUUGAGUAAGUGAUAUUUCCAAUAAAAGCCAAUCGUAGUAUGUCUAGGCAUAGAGUUUCGCCGUUGUAUUUGUAAAGUCUCCUGAAAGACACUCGUCCGGAUUUAGCGGAGACACCAGACAUUGAUCUGAUCUUCAUGUCCGCCAGUGCUCUCCGUGGUCUGCUGCCGCGGUCUAUAAGAAUUCCCUCUGCCCGUCUCUCGUCUGCAUGUUCUUACUCUGUUUAUCUCCGACAGUACAAUCACACCACCACAUUACACCGCAAAGCAACGUUCUCCACAUCGCGUACAGCAACACCACCGCCACCCACGUCGAGUCAAGAGCAGCAAGAUUCCGACAUGUCUGAACCAACCGGUCUUAUCGCUAAGAGCGGAAUUGAGCUCUUAACUUUCGGCACACCGAACGGCCACAAGGUGAGCAUCCUCCUCGAGGAGCUCAAGGCCGCCUAUGGCAAGGAAUACACAUGGCAAUCCGUCAAUAUCAUGAAAAACACUCAAAAGGAGCCAUGGUUCACGGCGAUCAACCCCAAUGGCCGUAUCCCAGCCAUCGUCGACCACGACAGGAACGACUUUGCCGUCUUUGAAGGUCUCCCAAUUCUCACUUACCUGACCCGUCAUUACGACCCCGAGUAUAAAUUUAGCUUCCCUGUAGACAGCGACGAUUACAGCAUCGCUGAACAGUGGAUGGCUUGGCAACACGGUGGUGUUGGUCCCAUGCAAGGCCAGGCCAACCACUUCUUGCGCUUCGCAAAGGAGAAGAUCCCGUACGCCGCACAACGAUACGUCGGCGAAUCGGAGCGCCUAUACGGCAUUCUGGACAAGCGGCUCGAGGGCCGCGACUACAUCGUCGGCCCCGGCAGAGGCAAGUACAGCAUCGCCGACAUGAACCUCUUCGGCUGGGCCAACAUCGCGCUCCUGAGCGGCGUCGAGCUCGACCGCUUCCCCAACAUCAAGAAGUGGCUCGACCGCAUCCACGAGCGCCCGGCCGUGAAGAAGGGGCUCGCGGUGCCGCAGGAGACCGCGUUUAGUAACGCCGCCCUCCUGAAGUCCUUGGAGUCGAACCCGGAGACGAAGGCGCAACAGGAGGAGUUGAACAAGUUCUUGAACGAGGCUAAGGAGAAGUACGGGUAUAAGUACACCUCGCCUUGAAGGGGAACGGGGAGAGGAUUAUAUAUGUCUUGGCGUCGCGCAAUCCAUACAUGUGCAUUAUUUGACAGACAUAACAUUAUGAAAUCAACUAAGUU